ACACAACUCUCUCUCAAAUAAUUCUAUAGUACCUUGUGAAGCAAUUCAUGGCUCAUUUGGUGUUCUUUGCUCUGGUGUUUGCUGGGCAACUGAUUGGUGGAUUCAGUACCCAAAAGCUCCCUCCACCCAACAAUAGAGACAUAUUAACUGUUCUGAGUGUUGAUGGCGGUGGUAUCAAGGGUAUUCUUCCAGCAACAGUUCUUGAUUACUUAGAUAAGGCUCUUAAGGCUAGGAAACCAAAUGCAGAUUUAGCACAUUAUUUUGAUGUGAUAGGAGGAACCAGCACAGGUGGACUCAUAACAGCUAUGUUAGCCACCCCAAGCCCUGAUGAUCCUACACGUGGUGCCUUUACUCCUGCACAAAUUGUAGAUUUCUACAAAACAAAUGGCCCUCAUAUAUUCAAUGAGUCUAGACCUGGAAACGGUCCCGAGUUCGACGGGGAGUUUUUACAUAACAUAACUCGUGAACUGUUGAAGGAUACACGACUUAGUCAGACAUUGACCAAUGUUGUCAUCCCAAGUUUCGACAUGAAGACACAAAAACCGGUUAUAUUCUCAAACUACAAGCUUGGGGAUGCUCCGUACUUAAAUGCGUUGUUGUCGGAUAUAUGCAUAUCGACUUCAGCUGCUCCCACUCAGCUACCACCUUACUAUUUUGUGAACGAUGGUGUUGAGUUCAAUAUGAUUGAUGGUGGUAUAGAAGCUGGGAAUCCGACAGAGGCAACAGUGAGUGAAGUGCUACAACAUGUUGAGUAUUCCGAAAUCUUAGUGUUGUCUGUGGGAACUGGAACAGAAAAAAAUAACGAGACCUUUGAUGCUGAGAAAGCUGCGAGUUGGUCAAGCGCGAAUUGGUCAGGUCCUGGUUUUGGUUUCAUUGGUAGUGAAUCUGCAGCCAUGACUGAAUACAACCUUGCUUCACUCUUCGUAGGGUUCCAACCUGGCCAUAUAUACCUUCGAAUUCAGGAAUACGACUUGAAUCAUGAUUUCUCCGGCCCAGUUAAUGUUACACAAGAAAGCAUGAACGGGCUUGAAGAGACCGGAAAACAACUGUUGCAAGAAAAUGUCGUAAAGUUGAAUUUGGAUACUUUUGAUCAAGAAAAACUUGGGAUAACAAAUGCUGAGGCUCUUGACAGGAUUGCUGAUAUUUUGGUUGGAGAAAGACAACGUCGUCUGAAACGGAAAUCUAUGGAGAAGAGAGGAAGACCUUUUGUUGAAACUCUUAGGGUUCUUUCUGACAAAACUCAAGCAAGUGGGGCAAUCCUAAGAAACCUUUUAAUUUAAUGUCAAUUGUAUGAACUUGUAUUAACUCUCUUGUGUUCUUUAUUCACGCUUGUUGUAGUAUCUAGAAUAAGCAAGGCAUGUGAGUUCUAUGUAACUCUUGUAGCUACCAAGCAUCUUCGUAUAAGAAAAGGUUCACUCCAUGAGAGUUUUAUGCAGCUCUUAUUGAAAGAACCGUGAAUGUAAUAAGCAUCGAUGUAUAAUAUUUAUGCUCUUUGUUUCUCUUU